GGCGCUAGCUGCUCGCUGCCUACAGAAUCCAACAUGGAGUAACCGGAGAUGGGGCUCGUACGGGGCCAUCCUCACCGAGACGGACGCGCAAUCUCAACAGCGGCACGUUGGCACCGGGAGUGCGGGAGCCCGCGCCAGCAGAGAAUUCUCCAAGGAAUUUACACUUUUUAUGGACGCGCACUGAAAUAGUGCAGGGAUAACAUGUAGGACGAAUAAGGGAAGGAGAGGAGGGGGAGAGAGAGAGUGAGCGAGAGACAGACAGACAGAGAGGACAAAAACAAACAUCUAAAGGGAAAUAACGGUUGGAAAAAUCGUGGUUGGCGUUUGGCUUUGCAACACUUGUCUUGGACGCGGACGCAGACAAUAUGAAGCCAACACAAUGUGUGCGUGCGGGUGGAUUUUAUUGUAGGUGAAACGAGAGAAAAAUGAGCGAGGAUACACACCCAGACGAUGAUAGCUACAUAGUACGUGUCAAAGCGGUGGUGAUGACUCGGGACGACUCGAGCGGUGGUUGGCUGGCUCAGGAAGGGGGCGGGCUCAGCCGUGUGGGCGUGUGCAAGGUUGCCCCAAACGACCUGGAGCUGCUGGGUCGCCAUGGUUUCCUCAUCUACGGCGAGCGACUCAAAGACAAGCAGGCUAUCCUGGAGUGUUUCCUGAGGAAGGACCUGGAGUACACCAAGGCCACCCCCACGUUCCAUCACUGGAGGGUGGACAACCAGAAGUGUGGCCUGACCUUCCAGAGCCCCGCCGACGCCCGCGCCUUCGACCGCGGGGUCAGGAAGGCCAUGGAGGACAUCACAGAAGGAUCUACAACAUCCUCGUCCACCAUUCAGAAUGAGACAGAGCUCGGAGACGAUGACGUUUUCACCAACGCCACGGACAGCUCGUCCAACUCGUCCCAGAGACGCGAGCCCUCCCUGCAGACGCUCGCCCCCAUCACUCUGGGAGAGUCGCGCCGACACAACUGCAUUCUGGGACACUUCUACGACCAGCACAGACUCUCCGACCACUACUUUGUGGACCAGCCGGUGCCAGCGUUCCCUCGCCACGUCAGCUUCCAGCUGGACGACCCGGAGGAGGAGAUUGUGCGCAUCAACCCGCGCGAGCGCGCCUGGCUCUCCACGGGCUACGAGGACUACCGCCACGCGCACCCGGCGGGCAGCGGUCGCUAUGGCAACAAGCCCGCCCAUCACCCGUCGCCCCUGGCGGCGCUCCGCCCGCUCCACCACCACCACCUCCACGACCCCUUCAGCCCCGCGCCCUUCCUCCCCAUCACGGACCCGGACGCUUACGUGCACUUUGACAAGUCGGAACCGCCCAAGCACGACUACACGUACCCCUACCCCGCAGGGGGGCUGGGUGGCGGAGGGGGCACAGACCCCCACCGGACUGAGGGCAAGAAGGCAGGGGUGGGCGGAGGCGGGGGCAGCGGAGGCCGAGGGGUCGGCGUGGUGACCGGGCAGCCCCGCGGGCUUCAGUCCAAGUGGAAGCGCGGCCUCGGCGCCUUCGCCAACUUCGGCGGCCGCUCGUCGUCGUCGACCCGCCACACGGACGCCAGUGGCGGCGUGUCCGGCUCGUCCGUCGCCGUGGGCAUCGCCGGUGGCAUCGUGACGGGCGGCGGCGGCGGCGGCGUGUCCGGCUCGGCGGCCGAGCGCGCCCGCUGCGUCUACUGCGGGACUUGCCCGGACCCGAUGCGCACCUGCAUCCGCCGCGUCAGCUUCAUGUGGUGCGCCGACAGCCUGCUCUACCACUGCAUGUCGGACCCGGAGGGUGACUACUCGGACCCAUGCUCGUGCGACGCCUCGGAGGAGCGCUUCUGGCUGCGCUGGGCGGCGCUGCUCGGACUCUCGCUGCUCGCGCCCUGCAUGUGCUGCUACGGGCCGCUGCACGCCUGCCACCGCUGUGGAGUGGCCGUGCACUGCUGCGGGGGCAAGCACAAGGCUGUGGGGUGA